AUGCAGCAACCCUUCAGCACCCUCGAGAUUCGAGGUGUCGAGUUUCAUGGCCCUUAUGAUCGAGACAUAAGCCAGAAAGAGGGUACACAUCAGCACGACAGUCUCUAUCCCCAAGUCGUACCUGCCGCGCAGCUCCCACGCAGCGUGAAUGAUCCAGAAGCAUACGCGACUUUAGAGCGCCCUCACAGCCCUCAACCUCCCGUUAUCGAACGAAAGCCCGUAUCGACUAUCUGCGGUAUACAAAGACGCAUAUUUUACAUCACCGUUGUGAUCGUACUACUGGUGAUCGUCGGCGCAACCGCGGGGGGCGUUGAGGGCGCCUUACUGGUGAACCACCACAACCAGGAGACAUCGCCUGACCCAGGCGGUGAUUCAAGCACAGGCGUACCAAGCAACAACACAGUGAGUAAGCCGGGAAUUGCGAACAUCAACGUCCUGAGCUCGUCAAGGCUCAAAUCCACUAAUUGGACCGACGCCGAGGGCUUUGCCCACCGAGCUGUCUUCUUUCAAGAUCCCUACAAUUCCAUCAUAGCGCGGCGAUGGGAUGUGCAGAACACGACCUGGAGUACGACCAACUUGACCCAAAUCAUCAAAGGCCCCACGACUUCGCUGAACCCGUUGCCCAAUACGCCCCUGGCGAGCGCGGCUUGCAAGUACAACAACACUACCAUCGAGGUCCAACUGUGGUUCCUCACACCAAAUUACUCAAUCCGCAACGUCAGGCUCCUGAGUCCCACCGCGCACCCCGAGGCCUGGGAGUUUGACAAUCUCAACGGCGCGACGUUGCGCACCAUGCCGGGCUCCGACUUGGACGCGGCGUGGCAACGCUGCCGGCUCGGCGAUUGCAUCGGCAAUUGGCUGGUGGCUUACCAGGCCCCCGACGGCAACAUCAACAUGGCCAACGCAAGCCACUGGGUCAACGCACCCAACGCUGUCGGCCGAGGCGGCGUGGCCGACAACUCCAGCCUGGCGAUCACGGCGCAGCUGGACGGAGUCUGGGCCGACCGGGUGGCCCUUGUGUCCGAGAGCCUGACCUCCGCUACGGGCGGCUCGAUGCAGAAGACAGGUUUUAACGGGGCGUGGGAUCCCGACGAUGGAUAUUUGAUCUCCGACCUGCCGCUGCCCUCACCGAUGCUGCAAUUUGCCGCCACGGUGAUGAGGAACUUCACCGAGACGCUGUCCCUGGCCCUGCUUCCAAAUGGCACAGUUACGGGCGACUGGUGGGCUCAACAGUGGCACUCCAUACCGAUUGUCAAAUUCAGCGGAGGUCCGUCAGCGCUCAAUUUCUCGGCAGUAUCGACCAGCGAGGACGCCAUGUUUUACGGUAUGACCAACGACGAGAUUCUGGAGUAUUCCCUGGACCAGUUGGACCCGAGCAGUUUCGUUUAUGUUGGCAGAGUUUUUCCGUGA